AUGCAAACUCCUUAUUUAGCAAAACAAGCAGAAGAGCUGAAUAAGCUGAAAAAUGAACUAAACGGGCUGAAUGACUUAAGAGUAGACCUAGAAAGAACCACAUUACAAAGGACUCAGUCAGGAAACCUUUCAAGGCCUGAUUCUCGCCAAACCACACUAACGAUGGGAUCACGGGCAAACACAUGUGCAGGAAAUCUAGCAACCCCUGACCCAGAAGUCGACAGAAUAGUCCUUAGAAUUGGUUUUCAGAAUUUCAGUAUGAAAUAAUUAGAAAUUUUAAAGGAAAUUUUUUUGAAAUAUUCCAGCUUUUCAGACUGAAGCCAAAAUUGUAUAACCAUUACACAGUUCAGAAUUUUGGUUACCGAGCUUAACUUAUUAUCAAAGCAUUUUACUAUAAAAAAAGCAAAUUUAAUAUUUCAUCAGGUGUGCCUCAAAGGAAAAGUCGAUUUGUUUAAGUUUAUAAACUUGAUGGUAGAGAUAUCAGAGCUAAAUGUUCAAGGAAAAAGCAUACAAAGUAAUUUAGAAGCUUUAUUGAGUAAUAUAACGAUACCUGGGCAUAGACUGGAUUAUAUUGACAUAAAUUUUUCUAACUGGAAGCAAGCUUUUGAGUCAGUUGAAAUUGAAGAAAUUUUACGAAAAAAUCGAAAAUUAUUACAAUUUUUGUUCAUAAGAUAUUCCACACAAGAACUAAUUUCUCCAAAAAUGAUAAAACUUGCUAAUAUGGUCCAGCUUGGAAUAGAUGUAAAAUUCAUUCCUGGACUAGUCACAAAUCUAGAAACAGCUCGAAUUUUUAGACUUGUUAUGAGUGUUGACACAGUUGCUGAUAGAAUUUCCUAUCUCGAAUUUGAACAGUGCAUAACGUAUAUCGGAAUUUACGGAUUUUAUAAAGAAAGGAUCACAAAUGAAUGUGAAGCUUUAGAAAAAAUGCUUCAAUUGAUGAUGGUUAAUUCAAAAAAUCUUAAAAUUAAGAAAAGUUCUAGCUCUAAUAAAGUUUAUUUUUAUAUAUAAAAUUUUAUAUUAGUUUUUUUCAUUAACAAAAUAUAAUUUAAUUAUAAAAUUUUAUGUUUUAAAAUGUAAUCUGUUUAAACUAGUGAUUUCGCACAAUAAUAUUACUUAUAUAUCGUAAUAUUUUUUUAAAAAUCAUAAAUUUUUGCUUUUUUUAGGCGAGUUAUAAUUUUUUCAAUACUUUUCUUUUCAAGAGGAAGGAUUAAAUAA